UUUUAUAAUCGCUUGCAUCGUGAACAGAGCCAGCGAGUAGUACCAUAGCGGCAGAUUUUUCGUAUAUUUAGUUCAUUUAUUUUGUUCAUGAAAGUAGUAGGUACUAACUUAUAGCGCGCGAACGGUUUUAGUGCCGCGGUACUGAAAUUAUGGAGUUUUGUUAGUAGGUCGCAUUUUGCAUAGCAAAGCAGAUAGUGUGGGCGGACAUAAUGGAAUAAAAGGAUAUAUUUUGCAACAGAAGACAAAAAUCAAGACUGAAAAAAAAAACACUUAAAAAAAAGACUGUGAUACUCAAAAACGUGAUUUUUUACACAAGCUAUUUAGUGAAAAUUCUACCCAAAAAAUCCGAAGGCUUAAAAAUGGAUUUCUUGUCGGAAUUUGACGAGGAAAUGGCCAGAGAUGAUACUUACGACCUGAGGUUUGGCAACAAGGUGCAAAGGGUUGGCAAAAUUUUUUCCUAUACUUUUUGGAGAACAAGAAUUAACGGAGAAAUAUUUUGGAGCGUCCAAGGAAAUAAUAAUGAUGGUUCCGCUUGGAUUGUGACACAAUAUUUUGGGAGACCGGAAGAAGCUAAAAGAUACCAACAAGAAGUCAUUCUUCACCAUCCCACUGAGAAAAAAGUUAAGAUGGUCUACACUUCGCUCUGCACCAAAGGCAUGAACUGCAUCAAAAUAUCCAGAGAAAUAGUCUGCCAUUUCAGAGAUGACACUAACAGUCUCAAUUUUGAAUUCAGAAUUACCAGAUUGAAGAGGAGACCCUAUCCACAACGAAUGAUGUAUUGAAGAUUUUCGUGAAGAAAUUUCCGCGUUAGUGGGAUCAAAAUAUGUUUAAUUAUAUUAAGGAGUGAUGGUUUAAUUUUGGUUAUUCUUAGUUGUGGAAAAAGCCUCAUAAAUAAUAAUAUGGAUGUGGGUUUAUAUCACCAUAUUUAGGUCUAGCGAUAUGUUGAAAUUCUAUUGCCGAUGCCAAUAAUUAUUUAUUAAAUAAAAAAUUAAAAAUCCUAAACUUUUGAACAACACUCUGGUUGACAUUUGUAGAAGAAACGUAAAAUUUCAUUGAUGUCAUCCAUCAUUGCUGCACCCAGUAGUUUGGCCACUAUACCCCACGGAUAUAUUAAUAUUAUUAGUCCAUUUUUAUUACUAGAAGUAGAUACGCGAAAAGAAUCUUUGUAUGUGUAUAUUUCUGCUUUGAAUUGAAAUCUAAUACAAUAUAGGUGUCUAGUAAUAAAUUGAGGUCAUUGACUCAAGGACUUUUGAGAGGUCGUUCGACACUAAAAAUUGAAAUAAUAAUUAAUGAAUCUGUUUUUUCGCCUAAAGAUUUAUUACAUCAGAAACCCUAAUUAAAAUGUAAUUAGCUUAUCGGUUUCAGUGGUUGUAUAGCUGGGGCAUGGUGGUCCAAUUUUAUCUAUUGUGCUUUCCCCUUCAUUGUUUUUAUAUAGAAUGAAGUAGGUAUAUGAAUAGGUAAACUGACGAUUCAACUGACAAGUUCUUGAGAGUAUAAUGUAGUCCAACUAUUGUUAGUUUUUUUAAUUAUGAUGAUUUUUACCACUGUACUAGGAACAUUUUUGAUUUAUCCAAAUUCAUGAUGAUUACUUACAUCGUACAAUAAUUAUUAAUAAGGAAACCGCUUAUUGUCACAUUCAUUCACUGCAUAUAUUGUGACCUCUUUUUCGUUUCAUAAAAUUUGAAUCUAUUUCAUGCAACCCCUCAAUUUGAAAAAACACAAGAACCACACUGGGUUUAUAAUAAAAAUAUCCUCAAUGAUCAAAAAAAAAAACCUAUUAAUUAAGUAUUUAUCGUUUAAUAUUUUUGUAUCAAAAAUAUUCAAUCGAUACACGUUUGUACCAACAUAAAAAUGUCUCUAGCUUUUUUUAAAUUAAAAGUUCAGAUGUACAUUUUAUAUUGAAGUUCCAUGUAGACUUACCAUUAAUCAGUAAAGAAAUAAAACAUGAGGAAAAGUCCCAAAGACCGAAAAUGUAAAACAACAUGACCGGCACAAAAUUGAUGUAUUAUUGUUACAAUUCGUGUGUUACAAAAGGCAAACUUUUACUUGCGGUUAAUUUACUUAUGACACGAAAAAGUUUUAUGUUUUAAUUACAAAACUAUGUUAAAAACAAAAGAAAAUAUUAUUACCACAUCAGCGAAAUUUGAAUUAGAUUCAGUGCGUGUCUUAAAUUUUUCUCAAUAUUUUUUUAUUUUAAGUGAUCUCUUUUGUUACGCUUUCGAAAUAUUAUUUUGUGUGCUAUUUUGUUCAAAUGUGAUUAGAUUUAUUAUAGGUUACCUUGUAUAAUGUUUUAGUUUUAUUAGUUUAUUAUGCGUUUUAUAUUCAAUGUUCAUUAAAUUAAAGAAUAAUUUCUAGGUGGAUGCAUCUAGCUAAUAACUAUUUUAUAUGGAGUGGGUUUUCAAUUUGUUAAUUUAUACAUUAUAAGGUAGUAAUGGCUAGCCGGUUAUCAAAUAAAUAAAUAAAAAAAGUUAUAAACAUUUACAAAACAAAAAUUGUGGAUUAUACGUUCUAAUAAACUCUUUCCCAAAUUG